AUGACGACCCUGUCAAUUGAUACUGGCGACUUGUCCAUCAUCAAGGACUACGCCGAGACUGGUUUGAUUACAGACGCCACAACGAACCCCUUGUUUGUCAGCAAGGCUGGCCUAAGUGGAGAUCCGGUGUAUGUGGCUUUUGUGGAAGACGCGAUAGACUACGCGCGCAAGUCCUCUACAAAUGAGGAUGAAAUGGUUGAGCUGGCCAUGGACAAGUUGGCUGUGAACCUCGGGGUAGCGAUUUCAAAGCUUGUUCCAGGGUACAUCUCCACAGAAGUGGACCCGCGCUUGAGCUUCGACAAGGAGGAAACGCUCCGCCGGGCUCGGCGCAUCAUCGCUUUGUACGAGGAAGCUGGCGUGCCGCGGGAGAGAGUGCUGAUCAAGCUGGCAGCCACCUGGGAGGGCAUUGCUGCCAUGAAAGAGUUAGAAGCCGAGGGCAUCACCUGCAACAUGACCCUGGUGUUUGGGUUUGUGCAGGCGGUUGCAGCAGCACAGUAUGGGGCGCAUCUCAUCUCUCCCUUUCCUGGCCGCGUGCUGGAUUUCCAGAAGAAGCUCUCAGGUUUUGGGAAGGAUGUCAUGGCAGGUCUUGGGGAGCCAUGCGCGGCAGACCCUUGCUGUGGCUUGCAGACGCUCGGGCUGGAUGGAUUCGGAUGUUAUGUGGCUUACCUGGUCUUGGCCUUCCUCGGUCAGUCUGUGCAGAACUUCGCAAUCCCGCUGGAAAGACCAGGCCAUCCUGUUCAUCUGGCGCGAGCAGCCCAGGGGCGGCAAACCCUGGUUGCUCGGCUGGCGCAGCGAGUUGCGUACGUCGCAGUGGUGGACGUGAAUGUGAAGUCGGAUCAAGAGCAACAGUUUUUGGAGGCCUCUCUUCAGAACGCCCGCUCCUCCAAGGGUGAACCACUCAACCAGCGUUUUGACGUGCUCCAGCUGAGAGAGGAUCCCAGCCGCUUUGCUUUAGUUGAGAUCUACAGGAAUGCCGAUGGCCCUGCUGGCCACAAAGAGACGGCGCACUACGCGGCCUGGCGUGACACGGUCGCUGACAUGAUGGAAACGCCGAGGAGCGCCAGCCAGUGGGAUACCAUCUUCCCCGGCAAGGCAUCCGACUACCAUCCUAAGACGAUCAUAUUGGAGAGGCCGCAGGGCGCGGGAGAUGUGGACAUCACCCAUGUUUUUGUGAGCGUCAAGGCUGGAGCUGAGGAGGCGUUCAAGAAAGCUACCCGCGCCAAUGCGAUGGAGUCGGUGAAGGAAUAUGGAAAUUUGCGGUUCGAUCUGCUGCAGAAUGUGGACUCGCCGACCGAAUUCCUUCUGAUAGAAGUGUACAAGACGGCAGGGGAUGCGGCCAAGCACAAGGACACCAAGCACUACAAGGAAUGGAGGACGACGGUGGAGGAUAUGGCGAAGCCUCGGGAGGGCAGAAAGUAUGUGACUCACUUCCCCAGCGUCCCUGCUGCCUGGAAAGUCUCUGAACAGGUCUACUGA